GGGCUCCGGUGGCCCCGCCCCGAGUUCCCGGAAGCGGCCUCGGGGCUGGGUCCCGGUGCGUCGUUGGCUGCCCGCCGCCCCCAGCGCCCUCGGGGCGGGGACCCCGGGGCCAUGGCGCGCGGCCUCCGGAGCUGGCUGGGCGGCUGCCUGCUGGUGACAGCAUUAGGAAUGGUGCCUCCUCCUGAAAACGUCAGAAUGAAUUCUGUUAAUUUCAAGAACAUUCUGGAAUGGGAGUCGCCUGCUUUUCCCAAUGGGACUCUGACUUUCACAGCUCAGUACUUCAGUUACAGGAAGUUCCAGGACAGGUGCGUGGGCACCACCGCCACGGAGUGCGACUUCUCGGAGCUCUCCAAGUACGGCGACCACACCCUGCGCGUCCGGGCCGAGCUCGGGGACGAGCACUCCGACUGGGUGAACGUCACCUUCUGUCCCAUCGAUGACACCGCGAUCGGACCUCCUGGCGUGCAAGUGGAGGCACUGGCUAAUUCCUUACACAUACGUUUCUUGGCCCCGAGAAUUGAGAAUGAACAUGAGACGUGGACCAUGAAGAACAUUUAUAGCGCGUGGCUUUAUCACAUGCAAUAUUGGAAAAACGGCUCGGACACCAAGUAUCCAGUGACUUGUCAGUAUGACUUCGAGGUCCUCAGGAACCUGGAGCCGUGGACCACCUACUGUGUUCAAGUCCGGGGCUUUCUUCCCGAUCGGAACAAAACCGGGCAGUGGAGCGAGCCCGUCUGCGAGGGAACCAUCAGCGACGACAGCGCCCCCUCCUGGAUCGUGGUGGCCAUGGUCCUGGUGGCCUCGGUGUUGGCGGCCUGCCUGCUGCUGGCCGGCUGCUUCGGGCUGCUGUGGAGCGUCUACAAGGGCACCAAGUACACGUUCUCCCCGGGCAACGCGCUCCCGCAGCACCUGAAGGAGUUCCUGAGCCGCCCCCAGCACACCCGGCUCCUGCUCCUCUCCUUCCCGCCCUCGGACCAGAACGAGGUUUUCGACAAACUGAGUGUCGUCACCGAAGUCGAAGUCUCAGAAAGCAGCCAGCAGCCCCCAGGGGACAGCGGCAGCCUCGGGACCCCGUCGGGGCAGGGCCUGCCCUCCAGCUAGUCCCUGGGGAGGGGUACACCCCACUUCUCAGCGCUGCCUGAGGGCGACCAGCGACGAGGCCGGGACCCCAGCCCGGGACUCAGACGCUGGGCCAGGUCCGGAGCCUCGAACCCAAGCCUGGGUUUACCUGCCAAUGGCCACUCGGCCCGAGGACUCCUCGCGGGGGGCCCGGCUGCUCACAGAGGCCCCGGUGAGUUAGCAGCCGCCACAGGGGCCGUGCUGCUCAGCCUCUCCGCUCACUGACAUAGGGACACGCCUCAGUUGUGAGAAAGAAAAGCACUGGCCUGAGGGAUAAGAGCGGAUCCUGUAAGAUCCGACCGACCGACCGACCGACCACCCACAGGCCAUUGGGAAACGGUUCUGGACAGCGCGGACUCGGGGUGCCUCCUCGGGGUCCUGUUCCUCCUGUUCUACGUGGGGCCGGCGCUCCAAUAAAGUUCUCUCUGGUCCCCA